AUGGAGCACAUCGCAGCGCAUCACGGAGAAGCAAUCGCCACUGAUAUUGGCAUUCCAUGCAUGGACGAUUUCAAGUCACGCAAUGGCCGUAUCAAAUUACCCAGGAGCUUUGCUGAGUUUUAUGCUUUCCCUGAAAAGCACGGCUGGACUGUUGACCCGAAUACUUUUGAGCUAAGAGCAGAAACUGCAGAACAUAGCCUUGAAGUUCUUCUACAAGCGUGGUUAUUCUUUGGGCUGAUCUUCACGGUGGUUAAAUAUGAUGGAAAACCUAUCCUGGAUGUCCCAGAUCUGUUUAUUGAUGAUUUACUUUCGACCAAAAGUCUUGCGGAUGCCCUCAAGAAGUGGUCAACUUGGGAAAGUAGAAAGGAGAACAGAGCAGGUCUUAGGCUUCGAAUGAUCCAGGCUGGUUGCGUCCUCGACCAUGCCCGCCAAGUGUUGAGAAAGAAUUGUGCCUUGAUCAACGAAAAGGUCCUAUAUGUGGUUGAUGACCCGAGGGACAAAUGCUACAUGACCGACGAGCACGUUUUGAUGCUCAUGUGUCUUGGGGAGGCUUUAUCGGAAGUGAAAUCAAGCAUCAUGAAGGACAACGAAGUCAAGAUCGAGGGUUGGCAGCCUGAUGACGAUCAACACGGCUGGGGCCCUGCUCGUUAUACAUCUAUUAAGAUGAAGGACGAAAAUUGGUGUCCUAGGACAAUCAAACUACUCAGAGGACAGUUCAGCUCGAACGCCACAAUGUUGUUGUCGGCAUAUUAUGCCUAUCGCACAAAUGGGGAGCGUACAACGCCAGAGCAUGGAAGCUGUACGCCAAUUGAGUGCAAGGUCAAAUCACAAAACUCACAGGGCGAGUACCGCAACCGGCACAUCUGUAAGCCCCUUCAGACCCCAAAGUGCGAGUCGAUGGGCCCAGAGCAAGACGCAAUCCUCUCUACACUUGAAAGCGACCGGAUACCCCUGAUUCAGUUCAGAAGCAGAACAGAUGUCCAACAAGGAUUUGAGGUGAUAGACUAUGAUCGCAAGGCCGAGGCUCAGUUGGAAUUCGUUGCCAUCUCCCAUGUCUGGUCUGAUGGCUGGGGAAACGAGAAUGUCAAUCAACUCAAUAUUUGCCAACUUGAAUUCAUCCGAAGACAAAUAACCCGGGUCAGUGGGAGUGCUGUCACACCGUUUUGGAUGGAUACGUUAGUUGUGCCAGUAUGCCCUCCAGGUAACGUGGACGAGUUCGAGAGAAUAAUGCUGGCAAAGAAGAAAGCCAUUCAGCAGAUUCUUGCAGUAUUUGGAGAGUCUAAGUGGACAAUAGUCAUCGAUAACGGAUUGUUCGCAGUUGGUGCUGGUUUGAAAACCGCAGAGCCGGCUAUGAAGGUCUUGUCAAGUGUCUGGAUGAGGCGUCUUUGGACGUUGCAGGAAGCCUAUCUGAGCCGCAAGAUCCAUUUUGUCUUCAAAGAAAGAUCAGAAAACGCCACGCCCAUUCGAGAGUUAGAAGACAUAGAAAAGAAGCUGACCGUUGCCAUGGUCGAACCUGCUUCGGGGCUUGCAGGAAUAGUCCGUGACCAGCUUUCAGACAUAAUGCUGCUGGACAAACAACGCGAUAAGGUCAAGGUUCCGAGAGACGACUUCAAGAUUCGGAACCGAUCAAAUCUUUCCACCGAAGAGGCCAGCCUCUUCAUUGCGAACGUUUGGCGCGCAGCGAGAUGGCGGAGCACAACAAGGCCUGAGCAUGAGACUCUGGCGUUGGCAACAAUUUUGGAGCUUGAUACUGAGAAUACUGAAAUCGCAGAAGCUGGACUACUAGGACCUCAGGAUGGACCAAGCGACAAGCAUAAGCAACAGAAGCUAGUGGAAAUAUUCUGGGCAAAAGUUCAUCUUAAACACCCAGGCGCGAUCCCGUCAGGAUUGAUAUUCCUUCCCGGUGAAAAGAUCAAUACGGCUGGCUACGGUUGGGCACCAACGACACUCCUGUCUGCCGACGAGAUUGACUAUCCCGAUCCAAUGAACAUUUGGAAUACGCGUACGCAGCUUGGGCCAAAGGGCUUACUAGUCAGUUAUCCUGGCUUUAUUCUCCACACAGACUCCGACACUACUAGGAGCGCAAUUCUCAGCACGAGGGCAGUCUCGAAUGAUGAGGGGAACGAAGUUGUUUUUACAUUUCCGAUCGAUCGCACAUUGAAUGAGUGGUAUAGUUUCACCAAAGCCGACAACAGAAAAUGUCCGGAACUUACAAGGCUCGUCAAAGACUCGCAUAAUCUCGCCAUAAUCCUCUCCCGACACCCAAGAGAACUCCCCCGUGAGAUCGCAUUGCUAGUAGAAGUAAGCGGACAAAAUUUGUCUUCUGAUGGAGACAGCAGUAUAGAUGCCCCAGACUACCAUGUGAAAAUAAUUCAGAGAAUCUACAUAUGGAGGUCAGCCAGUAUCGAUCGAAAAACCGAGCUGAAGCAGUUGAGGGAAAACGACUAUCGUCCAAGUUUCAAGAAAGACUUCCCUAUUGCCGAGAUGCUGGGACCACGUCAACGGUGGUGGGUGGAUGGAUAUGUCCGGCCCUCUAUUGCAGAGGAGCCACUGCCAACGCGAGAGAAUAAGCGUCCCACGACGGGGCCCAAGAAGCAGUCAGGCUGGCGACCAAAUUCGGGCGUUCUGGAUGCGAUUGGGGGCAAAGGCUCAUUUUUUCCGAUUCCCAUGAUCAAAAGGAUGACUUGGGUCAAGGGGAACAACUGA